UUUUAUACUUAAAAUUAUAUCUAUUAUGUAAAAAGAUAAUUUCUAUAUUAUCAUAUUUAUCUUCUAAAAUUAAAAUGUAAAACAAUUUUUUUAGAUAUAUAUAGAAAAUGUAAAAGAAAUUUUUAUAUACUCAUCAUCUCAUAUAUAUCUUUAAAUUUAUAUGUAAAACAAAAUAUUCCUAAGAGAUAAUUUAGAAAUUACUCGUAAUUAUCUUACUUAAUAUUUCAUUUUAUAUUUAAAUUUUAUAAAUGUUACUUUUAAUAUUAUAAAAUUUAUUUUAAUAUUUUAUUUUAUGACAACUAUUUUUUUUAAUUAAAUCGUGAGCUAAUUAAUUUAACUCAUGAUCUAGAUGAUCUCAUUUCAAAUUUACAUCUUGAAGCUCCUAUAAUAAAUGAGCUGAGCUGAACUAGCUCAUAAAAGAUCUGAGCUCACUAUGAGUUAAGUUGAGUUGAGCGAGUUAGUUCAUUUUGACACCCGUAACUUUUAAUUGAGAAGAUAAGGACAAAUUUGGGUGCAUCAAAGUGAAUUUAGCUCAUUAUAUGUGCUGAAUACAAGCUUUCUUUUGUUAUUUUCCUUUGUGAUUUUUACUUAUUACUAAUAAUAUUAGGUAGAUAAAGUGACACAAGAGAGUAGAUAAAGUAUAAUAUUAAAAAAAAAGAUUAGAAAGAUUCAAACAUAUUAGAACAAGUACUAGAAACAAAUCUAUAAUAAAACUUUAUAGAUAGUUUGUUUGUACCAAAACUAAGAAAUAAAUUGAAAAAUAAGGAAAUUAUUUCUUUUUUCCCUUUAUCAAUUAACAGUUCUAAAUAGUUAUGUUAUGUGCUUAUCCAAAUUACCAUGUGCGACACGUCACAUAUUUUCAGGAUAAAAAAUACAGUUGAAAUAUUCAUUGUUCGUUUGAUAUUUUAUAAGCAAGCAAAAAAUAUUGUUAAAUUCCUCUAAAAAAACCCCUAAAACUAUUCUCAUUUUUUUCUCUUUUUCUAGAACACACAUUAUGAAACAAAUCAGAAGGCCGACUAAGAAACAAAUCAGAAGUUUAUUUAUUUUAACAGAGGUAGCAGGGAGGAAAAAGACUACAAUAUAACUUCAAAGUGUUUUUCGAAACCAAUUUUUUUAUGAUGUUGGUUGUAGUAUUUAUAUAUCAAUAAUUUUGCGUCAGAUCAUAUGGUAGUAGCGGUCUAAAAGAAUUCGUGGACACGAAUGAUUGUUGAAGAUGGUGUAGAGAUAAACACUAAAGAGUGCAUGAGUGAGAGACAUAUGUGAGACCCACGUUACGUGUUUUUUUUGCUAAAAAUAAAAUAUAAUUGACUGAUAUUAUUACUUGUUGAUUAUAAAUGACUGUCAACAUCAUACCAAUAAUGACAGAACACGAGAAUCAUGAAUCAUAUGUCUUGAUGGUCUGUAAAAUUAGUCAAUAUAUAUAUUGUAAUUGUUUGGAGUAGCGACCUAGUGUUGAACGUGAGUAAGAUCCACACUGCUCGGAACAUUGCCAUCAUUCGAUGCAAUCUGAAGUUUCAGUCAAAUUUGUUUUUGAUUAUAUAAGAUAAUUCACACACACCUCAAUGAUAAAAAGUAAUGGGGUUAAGGAAAAACCGAAUUUGGGUUGUCAGAAAAUAAAGGAUAUCUGGCGAUGGUGAAAUAAACUGAGUUUACAUUUAUACAGGCCCAAAAUAAGACAUGGACUAAUUGUACCAACAAGCUUCUAUUGGGCUAAAUAUCUUGUAAUUAGUUGGGGGUAACCGAAUCAACUUCACUCAACGGAUCGGUUCUGCUUUUUUAUUGGGCUACCACUUGGUGUUAUCCUGAAAGAUGGCCCAUAGGUUAAUAAUUUGAAAUCCACAUUAAUGUCAUAAUGUGUCCUAUAUAUGAUCACAUAAUCAUGAUUUAUUUGCUAACAAAUCCAUUAUACAGAUACAGUACUAUGUUUACUAUAUGCUGCAAAUAAUAAAAUAUCUUGUAUUAGCAACUUUAAAAAGAAAAAGAGAGAGAUGGUGGUAUGUCACGUAGGAACUCUCCAGAUUGACCUUUAAAAUUUAGUCUUUAAAAUAAUCAAAAACAUAUGAUUAAUCGUAAUGGAGAAGGCGUGGGUAAUACUAGUUUGAUUAUUAAUCAUUCUGUAUAACACGACAAAAACAAUACAUACGCACUUCUCUGAGUAAAAACAAAAACGAAUAGAUAAUUUAAUAAUUUAUAAUAUUAAUUGUUUGACUUAAUCGGCUUAAUAUAACGUGCAAAUUCACUUUCAGGAACAUUGAAACUCGUUUUGUGCUAAGAAGCUUGAGCAAGAAGGUAUUGCAAGAGAAAGUCUUCUUAGAGAUUAAAUAAAAAGCCCUAGAAAAAUUUGCUCAUCAUCCAUGAGUCCGGACAACAAGCUGCUUCCGAAGCGGAUCAUCCUCGUGCGUCACGGCGAAUCCGAAGGCAACCUCGACACGGCGGCGUACACGACAACACCGGAUCCCAAGAUCCAGUUAACGGAAUCCGGUCUGCUUCAGGCGCAAGAAGCCGGAGCUCGUCUCCACUCCCUGAUCUCAUCAAACCCUUCUUCGCCGGAGUGGCGCGUGUACUUCUACGUUUCGCCGUACGAUCGGACGCGAUCUACGCUCCGGGAGAUCGGACGGUCGUUCUCGCGUCGCCGCGUGAUCGGCGUUCGCGAAGAAUGUCGGAUCAGGGAACAGGACUUUGGGAAUUUUCAGGUCGAAGAGAGAAUGAGAGAGACCAAAGUGGACAGAGAGAGGUUUGGUCGGUUCUUCUACCGGUUCCCGGAGGGUGAAUCCGCCGCCGACGUGUUCGAUCGUGUCUCCAGUUUUCUUGAGUCUCUAUGGAGAGACAUAGACAUGAACAGACUUCACAUCAACCCGUCACACGAGCUAAACUUUGUGAUUGUCUCGCACGGUUUAACAUCGCGUGUCUUUCUGAUGAAAUGGUUCAAGUGGACCGUGGAACAGUUUGAGGCGCUGAACAAUCCAGGGAAUACCGAGAUCAGAGUUAUGGAGCUAGGACAAGGCGGCGACUACAGCUUGGCGAUUCAUCACACUGAGGAAGAGUUGGAGAGAUGGGGCUUGUCUCCGGAGAUGAUCGCUGAUCAGAAGUGGCGUGUUAACGCGCAUAAAGGCGAGUGGAAAGAAGAUUGUAAGUGGUAUUUUGGUGAUUUCUUUCAUGAUUUGGCUGAUUCUGAUAAAGAAUGCGAGGCCGAGGCAGCCGUUGAAGAACGAGAAGUACAUGAGGAGGUGGAAAACAAUAUGGUAACGAACUCAGAAGACAACAAUGAGGAGGAGUUAUGCAAUGGACAAUGCAGCUGAUAAGUUUACAGAACAGAAGAAUUCAGAUUUGAUUUUUUUGAAAAUUGUACCACUUACUGAUGAAGUUCUAUAGCUUUUGGUUUGUGGGAAAGUGUUGUACAAAACCUGUGUGUGGUCUAUAGAUACACAGAAACAAUACAUGAACUUUGAAGAAGAUCCUUUUAUUAUGUCAAA